UUUACCUCCCAUGGCAUGAACGGCUUCUAUAAAAUGGGAAUACUUAUUGCAGUUCUUGGAAUCUGCUUCAGCUCUUCUCUUGUAAAAGGAGAUUCUAAGGCUGUGACAACAUCUCUAACUACAAAGUGGCCUUCAACUCCUUUACUCCUUGAAACAAGUGAGUUUUUGUCAGAAGAAGGUCAAGAAAAAUUCUGGAAUUUUGUGGAAGCCAGUGAGAAUAUUAAGACAUCUGAACAGUAUGGUAGCGAUUCUUCUUCUUACCAGGAGAUGCUGAGAGUUGCCUGCCAGACUCUGUCACCUUUGCAGCAGAAUUUGCUGAAGUUUUCCUUGUCUUUACGCUCUUAUUCUGCAACUGUUCAAGCUUUUCAACAGAUAGCAGCAGAUGAACCUCCACCAAAGGGCUGUACCCUGUUUUUUGUUGUGCAUGGGGAGAAGACAUGUGAAUUUGACUCUCUUGGAAACCUUUUACAGGCAGCCUCAGACAGGCCAAAGCCAUUUUUGUUCAAGGGGGACCACAGGUACCCAGCGUCAAACCCCGAAAGUCCCGUUGUCAUCCUUUAUGCUGAGAUUGGCUCAGAGCAGUUCUACAGACACCACAGGAAGCUUGUUUCAAAGGCUGAGGCAGGAGAAAUCACCUAUGUCCUCAGACACUACAUUGCUAAUCCCAGCAAAGAAAAAGUCUACCUCUCUGGCUAUGGUGUAGAACUGGCUAUUAAAAGUACAGAAUAUAAGGCCAAGGAUGAUACACAGGUGAAAGGCACAGAUGUGAAUGCCACAGUCAUAGAUGAAAAUGACCCUAUUGAUGAAGUGCAAGGAUUUCUCUUCGGAAAACUAAGGCAGCUGUAUCCUGACUUGACAGAAGAGCUGAAGGAGCUCAGAAAACACCUCGUGGAAAGCACCAAUGAAAUGGCACCUUUGAAAGUAUGGCAGCUGCAAGAUUUGAGUUUUCAAACUGCUGCUCGCAUUUUGACCGCUCCCCCCGUGGAUGCUCUCAUGGUCAUGAAAGAUCUCAGUCAGAACUUUCCUACAAAGGCCAGAGCCAUAACAAAAACUGUUGUUUCUUCAGAACUCAGAGCAGAAAUUGAAGAGAACCAAAAGUAUUUCAAAGGAACGUUGGGUUUGCAGCCAGGAGAUUCUGCCCUGUUCAUCAAUGGACUACUUAUUGAUUUAGACACUCAGGACAUAUUUAGCUUGAUUGACGUGCUGCGCAAUGAAGCCCGUGUUAUGGAAGGCCUGCACAGCUUAGGAAUUGAGGGUCUUUCCCUGCACAAUGUUCUGAAGUUGAACAUCCAGCCAUCAGAUUCCGACUAUGCCGUGGACAUCAGGAGCCCUGCCAUUUCGUGGAUCAACAACCUUGAAGUUGACAGUCGUUAUAAUUCCUGGCCUUCCAGUGUGCAAGAACUGCUGCGUCCCACGUUUCCAGGAGUGAUCAGACAAAUCAGAAAAAACUUCCAUAAUUUUGUGCUGAUAGUAGAUCCUACUCAAGACACCACAGCAGAAUUACUGAAUGUGGCAGAGAUGUUCUUCAGUAACCACAUCCCACUGAGGAUAGGACUAGUCUUUGUGGUUAAUGACUCGGAGGACGUUGAUGGGCUUCAGGAUCCUGGAGUUGCCCUCCUUAGGACAUACAAUUAUGUGGCACAAGAAAUGGACAACAAUUAUGCUUUCCAGACUGUUAUGUCUAUAUAUAACAAAGUCAAAACAGGAGAUCAGCUGAAAGUGGAGCACGUGGUUAGUGUUCUGGAGAAACAGUACCCUUAUGUGGAAGUCAACAGCAUCCUGGGAAUUGAUUCUGCCUAUGAUCAAAACAGAAAGGCAGCAAGAGCUUACUAUGAGCAAACAGGUGUAGGCCCUCUCCCUGUUGUGCUGUUCAAUGGAAUGCCUUUUCAAAAAGAUCAGCUGGAUCCUGAUGACCUGGAAACCAUGACAAUGCACAAAAUCCUGGAAACCACAAGCAUCUUCCAGCGAGCCGUGUACCUGGGUGAACUGUCUAAUGACCAAGAUGUGGUUGAGUAUAUCAUGAACCAGCCUAAUGUUGUUCCAAGAAUUAACUCAAGAAUCCUAACAGCUGACAGAGAGUACCUAGAUCUGACAGGAAUGAAUAACUUUUUUGUGGAUGACUUUGCUCGAUUUAUCACGUUGGAGUCUAAAGAUAAGACAGCUGCUGUUGCAAACAGCAUGACCUACUUAACAAAGAAAGGAAUGUCUUCCAAGGAGAUCUAUGAUGAUUCCUUUGUUAGACCAGUUACUUUUUGGAUUGUUGGUGAUUUUGAUAAACCUUCAGGGAGGCAGUUGUUGUAUGAUGCCAUUAAACAUCAGAAAUCCAGCAAUAAUGUUCGAAUUAGCAUGAUUAAUAAUCCUAGUGAAGAUCCCAACAGCCAGAACACGGUUGUUGCUAAAGCCAUAUGGGCAGCUCUGCAGACACAAACGUCAAAUAAUGCCAAGAACUUCAUCACCAAGAUGGCAAAAGAAGAAACUGUGAAGGCACUGGAGGCAGGAGCUGACAUCCUGGAAUUUGCUGUUGGGGGUAUGGAUACCAACAUUUUCAAAGAAGCCUUUGAGUCUCCCAAGGUGGAUUUUAUUCUGUCCCAUGCAAUGUACUGCAGAGAUGUUCUAAAGCUGAAGAAGGGGCAGAGGGCUGUGAUCAGCAAUGGACGGAUUAUUGGCCCAUUAGAGGACGGUGAGAUGUUCAAUCAGGACGAUUUUCAUCUCCUUGAAAAUAUCAUACUGAAGACAUCGGGCCAGAAAAUCAAAUCUCAGAUCCAGCAGCUGGGAUUUGAAGAAGAUCUGGCAAGUGACUUGGUAAUGAAAGUGGAUGCUCUUCUUUCUGCUCAGCCAAAAGGAGAGGCAAGGAUUGAGUAUCAUUUUUUUGAAGAACAGUACAGUGCAGUUAAACUGAGACCAAGAGGGGAGACAUACUUUGAUGUUGUGGCUAUCGUUGAUCCUGUGACCAGAGAUGCUCAAAGACUUGCUCCGUUACUUUUGGUUUUGAACCAGUUGAUAAAUAUGAACCUGAGGGUGUUUAUGAACUGCCAGUCCAAACUUUCUGACAUGCCACUGAAAAGCUUUUAUCGCUAUGUUUUGGAGCCAGAGAUUUCCUUCACAGCAGAGAAUAACUUUGCUCCAGGACCUAUUGCCAAGUUUUUGGAUAUGCCCCAGUCUCCACUGUUCACUCUGAACCUAAAUACCCCCGAGAGCUGGAUGGUGGAGUCUGUCAGAACCCCCUAUGACCUUGACAAUAUUUAUUUAGAGGAGGUGGAUAGUGUUGUAGCUGCAGAAUAUGAGCUGGAGUAUCUGCUGCUGGAAGGCCACUGCUAUGACAUUACCACUGGGCAGCCACCUCGAGGACUCCAGUUUACACUGGGGACUUCAACCAGCCCUGUCAUCGUCGAUACCAUCGUUAUGGCCAACUUGGGUUACUUCCAGUUAAAAGCCAAUCCUGGUGCAUGGACUCUCAGACUGAGAAAGGGCAGAUCUGAAGAUAUUUACAGGAUCUACAGCCACGAUGGCACAGACUCUCCGCCUGAAGCCAGCGAAGUUAUUAUCGUUCUCAAUAACUUCAAGAGCAAAAUUAUUAAAGUGAAGGUUCAGAAAAAGCUCGAUAUGAUGAAUGAAGAUCUACUAAGUGAUGGCACCAAUGAGAAUGAAUCUGGAUUUUGGGAAUCUCUAAAAUGGGGAUUCACAGGAGGACAGAGGAAUGAAGACGUGAAACAGGAUAAGGAUGAUGUACUAAACAUAUUCUCUGUGGCUUCAGGACAUCUGUAUGAGAGAUUCCUACGCAUAAUGAUGUUAUCUGUGCUGAAACAUACCAAGACUCCUUUAAAGUUUUGGUUUCUGAAGAACUACUUAUCACCUACAUUCAAGGAGUUCAUCCCAUACAUGGCCAAGAAGUACAAUUUCCAGUAUGAGCUUGUCCAGUAUAAAUGGCCACGCUGGCUCCACCAACAAACAGAGAAACAGCGAAUCAUCUGGGGUUACAAGAUCCUCUUUCUAGAUGUGCUCUUCCCAUUAGCUGUUGAUAAAAUCCUGUUUGUGGAUGCUGAUCAGAUUGUGCGCACAGACCUAAAGGAAUUGAGAGAUUUCAAUCUGGAUGGUGCUCCUUAUGGAUAUACUCCCUUCUGUGACAGCCGGAGGGAAAUGGAUGGCUACAGGUUCUGGAAAUCAGGAUACUGGGCAAGUCAUUUAGCUGGAAGAAAAUACCACAUCAGUGCUCUGUAUGUUGUGGACCUGAAGAAGUUCAGAAAGAUAGCGGCUGGAGAUCGACUCAGAGGACAGUACCAGGGUCUCAGUCAGGAUCCCAACAGUCUGUCCAACCUUGAUCAGGAUUUGCCAAACAACAUGAUCCACCAGGUGCCAAUUAAGUCCCUCCCACAGGAGUGGCUGUGGUGUGAAACAUGGUGUGAUGAUUCCUCCAAGAAGAGAGCAAAAACCAUUGAUCUGUGUAACAACCCCAUGACCAAAGAGCCCAAGCUGCAGGCAGCCAUGCGUAUAGUUCCAGAAUGGCAGGACUACGAUCAAGAAAUCAAACUGCUCCAGAGCCUUUUCCAGAAGGAAAAAGAAAUGGGAACACCAGCUGAGAUGCCAGGACAACACACACAUGAUCCAGCAGCACAUGUGGAAUUAUGAUCCAUGCAGACAAAUUGAAGUCAGACUGUUUCAUAGACAAUUUUUAUAUUGAAAGCUAGUUUUUUUCCAGUGUGUCUGCAAAACUGCUGAGUAACUGAAUGGGAUGAUAUAUGCAUUUUUUUUACUUGCCUUUGGGCUAAUUUCUGCAUAUGAAAUAGGAUCUGGAUUGCUGGAAUUAGCAUUACUGGUUUUUUGCACCUAUGGUGGAGAUGAAAGAGCCCAUGGUGGAAUUAAGCAUUUCAGAAACAAAACUUCAAAAUCCACUGGAAAAAGCCACAGCCUGUUCCUUCAACUCUCUCAACCACUGAUGAAGAUAAAGUUAGUCUCAGAUCUAACUUGAGAAUCUGGGAAUUGCAGACAUACCUAACCUCAUCUGAUGGAGAUAAUUUUUCCAGGUAACAUUAUAAGGCUUAGAAUUAUGCCUUGAAUUUGGGACACUGUUUCAUCUGCAAGUUGUCAAAGGAUUGGAAAUACUUCUCAGAUUUGUUGAGUCUGCCCUUGAUUUUGUAACAAAUCCAGCAUUAUUUUGAUUUUUCUAUUUCCUGUCUUCAUUUAUCACCCAACUUUUGAUGGUUUGGCUUAAUGUAAAGCUACAAUCUGUUUAAAUGCCCAUCCAAAUACAAAUGCCUAAGCUUAAAAAGAGAGGAAACAUGGAAUUUGGCAGCUGAGAUCAUCCUAACCCAUCUGACUUGAAUCAAAGUGCCCUCCCUUCCUUCCUGCUCGAAGUUUAAAUCAAAUCAGUCUGCAAAACCGGUAGGGCCUUACUGUGGCUGUGGUUCACUGAUUCAUGAAUGUUUUUUUUGUUUAUGAAAAAUCUGUGGAAGUUGGAAGUUUAUCAUCAUGUAAAUUUCAUUAACUUUAUUUUUCUUCAAACAGAGACGUUGUCACAUCAAUAAAAACUUUGGAGUUCUUGGGUCUUAA